CUUCCUGUGUCUCAGGUGAGUCAUCUGGGCAAAUGUCGUCGAUCGCUCGGUUUUAUGUCGACAUCAAGUGGGCUAUUCUCUGGUGAGAGUUUCAGUGUUGUAAAGAUUCCCCUCGAGAGCGUUCGGAGAAGUCCUGGACUAGUUCUGGGUGCAAAGCAGAAGCUGAAGGUUUAUUAGAAGUGUUUCGCCCCAUUGAGGCCUAUACACACCUUGGAGGAAUCGUCUACUUUAAUAAUAGGCGGUGUUUUUACUUUCGUAACAGGCGACAAGUGGAUAAUUCGUUUGGGAGUCCUUAAAGGACUAAAAUGAAUUCCCUCAUUAAAGGACACCUGGCAGUGUGUGCGCUACUGCUGCUUGUGUUUCACCUGGACUCCACUUCUGGCCAGGGGACCGGCGAGCAAUGUGUAGCCCAAUUCAAGAAAGGCAAGGAGGAUUUUGUCCUCGAUGUCGACGAUUCUGUGAAAGACGGAGCCAUAUUCAUUUCGUCGCCCCAGUUAACUCGAAAAAGGGACUGCGUGAGCGCGUGCUGCAAAGAAUCGGAGUGCAAUGUCGCCUUCAUGAAGAGAGGAGCCGAGGAAGGUUUGAUCGACUCCUGCUUUCUCUUUAACUGUGUGUACAAGAAGAAAUACGCCUGCCGCUUUGUCAGGGAGAAAGGAUACAGCAGUUACAUCCUGGACUCCGUUUAUGAUAGUUACCUGGAAUUGGAUGUCCCCACCAAUACCGGUGAUCAGCCACCGACAGCCAACGGAGGUCAGGACCUUGUGGUCCAGCCUCAGGAAAGUGUGACACUGAAUGGCAUGCAGAGCAAAGACGACCAGGGGACUUUGACCUACCAUUGGCAAAUGCUCACCGUAUAUCCUUAUGCUGUCUUUAUGAAAACCAACUUUGAGGACCAGCUUAUUGUGUCCAAUCUGACAUCUGGGGUGUACCAAUUCCAGCUGACCGUCACAGAUACCAUUGGCCAAUCAGACUCCACCAAGGUCACUGUCCUGGUCCUCACUGAAGAGCAGUCUGAGCACCACUGCAUGGCUCCAAAGAAGACGGGGCCUUGUCGCGGGUCCUUCCCUCGCUGGCAUUACAACGCUGCCUCAGAGCAGUGUGAGGAAUUCAACUUUGGGGGCUGCAGGGAAAAUCGUAACAAUUAUCUCUCCAAGGAGGAGUGCACGAACGCCUGUACCGGCUCAGGUGGAGGUGGAAAAUCUGGUAGACUUUUGCCAAUUCCCACACCUAGAGGAGAAAGAUGUGGUGCUCCGUGUUCAGCAGAGGAGUUCACAUGUGCAAACGGCUGCUGUUUGGAUAAGGGUCUGGAGUGUGACUUAACCAAACAAUGUACCGACAACUCAGAUGAGCAACAUUGCGCAGAAUACAACAAAAACUUUAAGAUUCUGCUGGCCAUCCCAGUGAAUGAACGCAAAGUGCGCUGCACAGAGCUUCCCGACACAGGGAACUGCAGAGACAGUCUCACCAAGUGGUACUACAACCCCAUCCACCAGGAGUGCUUCCGCUUUAACUACGGUGGCUGCCAAGGAAAUGACAACAGAUUUGACACUAAGGAGACCUGUAAGAGAAUUUGCAAAGGAGUAACAGAGAAGGACCUUUUUGCAAGAAAUACUGCAUUUGAAAGGAGGAUUUCUGAAAGCCAAACAGGUAUUAUAGCGAUAGCUGCCCUCCUGGGUGUAGCGAUCUUCGUCUUACUAUGCGUCCUGCUGUACUGCCUCUGUAAGGGAAGGAAGAAGACAGCACAACACCACCGGGUGCCCGUCAACACCGUCCCAGCCACCUCGAAGGACAGAGACCGUUUCGUCUACAACAGCACCACAAAGCCCAUGUGACCCCUCAGUCCUGACCUUUGACCCAGAUUGAUGAAAGAAUAGACGGUGUCCACUGAUUAAUUUAGAAUACUGGAGGUGAUCUGUUUGUAUUUCGUUCAUAUAUGGAUUUGGUUUGUAAGGGGGAUACACAAGGAAGGAAGGAACCUCUUAAAGGAUAAAAUGUGAUGUGUUAUAUUUGAACUUUUAGCUUGUUUUAAUGCAGUGGCUUUUUUAAAGGAAUUGUUGUAUGUCAGUUUGUACUGACAUAUUUUCUUCUGUUGUAUUUGAUUCAAUUAACUAUCUCAUAACUCUUACUGUACAGCUUUCAAAAAUAAAGUCAUAAGAAAAGGAGGAGACAUCACCUGGCCUUUUUUGAGCCACUACUUAAACGGAAGAGUUUGGAUUGUGUUCUCAAAACUGAGCUCUUGAACAUGUUAGGAUAAACGAAAUGUUAUAUGGUGAUCCCUUCAGCUUCCUGCACCUCCAGCUUCGUAACAUAGACUUAUUUUAUUCUGUUUAAAAACCCAUUGUUACAUCGGAUUACACAUACUUGCGUAAUGUUGUAUAUAGACUAAUCAUUUUGAGAAUAACAUUUUACCAGAGAAAACUUAUUUUUCACUUAUGUUUUUGAAAUGUUUAGAACAAGCAUAAUGUAUACAUUUAAAAAUGCUUUAUUGAUACUUUCCAUAAAGUUGCCUUGCUGUUGAAUAUUCAGCAUAUUGAACUUCAAUUCUUUGUACAUAUGAUCUUUCUGUAACUUUAGCAGUAACAUGAUGUUUAUACUAAAUAAAUGUUUUAACUCAAAA